AUGGCCGUCUACUCCUUCUACAUCUUCGACCGUCACACCGAAUGCAUAUACUCCAAGUCAUGGCUCCCUCCGUCCGUCAGCCGCCCUACCUCUAGCACCGGAGCCGCUCCUGCGCCGCCGCCGACGGCCGCGACUCACGCCUCCUCGGACGACAACGCCAAGCUCAUCUUCGGCACCGUCUUCUCUCUCCGCAACAUGGCACGCAAGCUCGGCGGCGACGACGACGCCUUUAUCAGCUUCCGCACGGGCCAGUACAAGCUGCACUACUACGAGACGCCGGCCAACCUGCGAUUCGUCCUCCUGACCGACACGGCCUCGCCGAGCAUGCGCAACGUGCUGCACCAAAUAUACAUAAACCUCUGGGUCGAAUACGUGGCCAAGAACCCCCUGGCGCCGGUAGAGCACAAGGGCGGCGACGGUGUACGGAAUGAGUUGUUUGAGCUUGGCCUGGAUCAGUUUAUCCGUGGAUUGAUGUGA